AUGACAAUAAACAAUAGGAAUCCCGAUAGUUCACUCGAUAACUAAAUGUAGAGUGUUAGACAGGGCUGUUACAUUUGGCGAGCAGCAGCAGCAGUUGUGCGUGCGAGGCGCUUCCGGCCGCGAGAUGGCCGCCGAAAACUAUCAUCUGAAGUGGGACUCGCAUCUGUCCUAUUUGAACACCUCAAUUGCCACGCUCUACAAGAAUGAAAAGUUUGCCGAUGUGGUGCUGUACAGCUCAUACACCAGCAGCAGCAUCAACUCGGACAUACCCACGGUGGGCAUCUCGGCGCACAAGUUCAUUCUCAGCUCCUGCAGCCAGUUCUUUGCCACCAUGUUCGAGACGGCGCCGAUUGCCUCGCCCAACGGCGUCAUAUACGUUGUGCUUCCGCCCGAUCUGAGCCACCGGGCCAUACAAAUCCUGGUGCAGUACAUGUACAGCGGGGAGGCUACCGUCUCCAAUGACAUUCUCAACGAGGUGCUGCGGGGCGGCGAGAUUCUCAAGAUCCGUGGCCUCUGCCGCUCCAGCGCUUCCAACAACAGCAGCACCACUGUCACGUCCUCGCACCACCAUCCGCACGGCGGACAUCUGCAUCAGCGGGAUUCGUCGGCGAGCGCCAUGUAUGUGUCGAAUGGAUCGCGGUCGACGCUUCCACCGCCACCGCCACCGCCUAUGUCCACACAGCUUCCUGGCGACAUCUACAGCAGCAAGCCGAGCAGCAGCAGCAGCACUGGCUCCGGCAGAUAUACCUUGGAGCAUCACCAUCACCAGCCACAGCCGCAACACCAUCCACCAUCGCAUCAGCAACAGCAACAGAACCAGCACAAUCAUCAUCAUCACCAUCAGCAGCAAUUCCGUGGCCUCGGCGCUUCCGUCAUGCCAAAGGACAGUCCCGUGAUUGUCAAGUCCCCGAAAAUGGCCGCACACACGGGUCUGCUGAGCGUGGCCAGCAGCAGCAAGCUGGGCAUAUCCGUAAACAAGGAGGUGGCUAUCGAUCCCGAGGAUAAGUGCUGCUAUGCAGCCGCUACCAGUCAGGUGGAGCCACAGCCGCCGCCUUCAUCGACGACCGCCGGAGCAGUAGCAGUAACAGUAGCAGUAGCCGGAGGAGUUCCGCCACCGCCAGCCAUGUCCAUAUGCACAGAGGUGGGCUGCAGCAGCUGUCCACUGGCCGUGGGGACCGCCUCCGAGCCGACGGAUACCGCGCUGCGUCGGCCGGAGUACGAGGAGCAGGCGCUCUGUGAGCGGGAGGAUGUGGGUCUGGUGUACGAGCGUCGGCUGCGUCGUGAGAGUGCCUGCGAUCGAGCUCACGAGUACUAUGAGGCACCGCUGCACUUUGCCACACCACCGCCACCGCCACAUCCGCACAGCUUUCUCAGCAUCAAACAGGAGCCCAGCGACUGGACCAACAACCCACCAACAGCGGCCAAUGCCAGCAACAACAACCACGAGGAUGGGCACCUGUCGCCCAAGCAGCCGCUGGACUUUAAGAUGAGCGCCGUCAAGCUAGAGGUGAACCGCGACCGGGCCACGCCGCACGAGGAGUCCGAGGAGCACACUCUGCGCGACUACAACAACUUCAAGCAGCUGCUCGUGUGCGAGAUAUGCCAGAAGUCUUUUGAGGAUACCAAGACCCUGGUCCGUCACCUGGGCACACACGCCAACGAGCCGGGAUCAGGCACUAACCUGAUGGCGGCCAGUGCCAGCGGCAGUGCGUCGACCACUUCCAGCAACACCAAUCUCGCGAUGCGAGCCCUCAAAACCUAUGUGCCAAAGAAGCGACGCAGAGUCUCGCAACAGGAGAAUAAUAUGGAUCAUGAUCAUGUCACCCUGCUAUGUGAUUUGUGCUCGACAUCCUUUGAGACGCCUGCGGAGUGGGUGCGUCAUAUGAACAGCCAGCACACGGAGAUCGAGCUGGCCAUGUUCAACAGCAAGAAGGAUGGCGAGCAGAAGGGCCAGCACCAGCAGCAACAGUUGCAGGUCACCACCAACAACACCACCAGUGGCACCACCAACAGCAUUAGCAGCAGCAUCGGUGGUAGCAGCUCUUCCACAGUGUCCACCAGCCAAAUGCAGCCAAAGUUCCAUUCCAGCUCCACUCGAUCGACGCUAUUGCAGUGCCCCCAAUCUCAAUCUCAGACCCAAUCCCAGCCUCUGAUUCUGAACAAAAGGAACAGUUUUGUGGCGGCGGCAACUCCUGCUUCGGUCUCACCUACUGGCCUCUCAGUAGCUGCCACCUCAUCGCAUGGCUAAGCUGCCCCACCAAUGCCAUCUUCAAUACAAUAGAGGGCAGCAUCCUUCAUAAUCUUUCAUCAAAAAACCAUUUUGUUCGAUAAAUUCAAGUCGUUCCAGUAAUCAAAAAAGAUAUAUAUAAUGAAACAGCAAGAACCGUGAUCAAAAUGCAACAUGUUUGCAUAUUUUAUAGAGCAACAAACAAAAUACAAAACCAACAAAAAAACAAAAAAAUAACGAAACUAUUAACGAAACUUAGAAAUCGGAAUCGUCAGGCAACGAUGCAAAACAAAAACAUCAAAACAAUUGCAAACGAAAUGAAUAUAAAAAUGUAAUUCAAAUGUGUAGAACUUUUUUUUAGCAUGUAUUGUAUGUAUUUGUGUACUUAGUUUAAGCAACUUAUUCCCCCAGUAACAAAAAAAAAAAAAACAAAAUAACUAAAACAACCAAGUAUGUAAUUACGAUAAGAACAACGCGCAGUCGAUAAGAAAAACGAUUCAAUAAUCGAACAAUUUUUAAAUUUAAAUUUAAACUUAAAUGUUUUUUAAAAGCAGAUCAAUUUGUAAGCCCUCAAAAGUGAUUCAAUUAUUAUCAGAAAAGUCCUUUGUCUGUCUGUUAAGUGUAAAUGAAAAUAGAUAAUAUACGUCAACCGAAAUAUCAUAUUUCAUCAUCAUUCCUUUGGAUUAUAUCCCCAUCUCACAAUUUUUACUCCGUUUUUACACUUUAGGUCCAAUUAAUCUGAGCAAUAUAAAUAAUUGAUGCAAGGGCUUUCAAAUUAGGCUUCGGGCAAACCGAACCGAAUCGAACCGAAUAAAUCAUAUAAUUGUUUAA